AUGUCGCAAUAUCGAUCUUCUCAGCAACAGCAACAGCCGCGCGGCAAGAAGAAGGAGGAAGACCCCGAUGCAUUCAUGAAGCUGUCCGACAGAGAGAUCGCAGGAUGCAUCAGUGAUAUAGGUGUGCCGUUCCAGCCGACCGAUCUUCAGAAACCGAAUCCGCAAUUGAUUCAGAUGGUGUUUGAACACUUGGGCGAGCUCCUCUUAAAUGCGACUCGAGACUCCAUUGACCCUGCCAUGCGCGCCGCUGCCGAAGACAUCUGCCCUGGCGACACAGAAAUUAUACCGUUCGAAACGAGAAUGCUCAUGGGUUUCUUCGUGAGUUUGCGACGGAUGCUUAUCGAGUGCGGUGUUCACGACUUCUCCUUCAAUGACCUUGUUCGGCCAACGUACGAGCGACUGGUAAAGAUUUUCUCUUACAUCAUCAACUUUGUGCGCUUCCGGGAGAGUCAAACCACUGCGAUUGAUGAGAACUUUAAUAAAGCGGAAGCGACCAAAGCGCGCAUCGAGACACUAUACAUGGAUAACCAAGACAUGGAGCAGCGGCUCGAGGACAUGAAGCGCAACCGAAAAGCGAUGGAAGCUGCUGUUAAGGAGAAGGUGAAAAGGAACGAUGAACUCAAGGCGCGACUGCUUGAGUUGAAAAAGGGUCAGGAACGCAUUGCAGAACAGCUAGAGAGAGCAAAGGCCGACAAAUCCCGGGCGCAGGGCAUCCUUGAAGAGAAGACGGAGAGACUGCUAAGACUCAGGCAAGAGAGCGAAAAGCUCAAGCCAUACGUGCUUGAGAGCCCCGGCAAGCUACAAGAUGAGCUUCACGACCUUUCCAACAACCUGAUGCAGGAGCGGCAGCAAAUCGACUCUCUGGAGAGGCGUAAUCGAGCAUUGCAGACCUCGGGUGAUAGCUUUGGUGUUGUUACGAAUGAGGUGCAGUCCUGCGUGAAGGUUCUCGAAGAAAUCUCGGUCGAGCUGCAUAAGGAGGAGGAGGAAGAGGCCAAAGCGGCAAGAAACCGAGAUCAAGUCGCCGAUCGCAGCAAUAAUGUUCGUGAGAUUGAGCAGAACGAAAAGAUGCUGCAGCGGCAGCUUGAGAAGUGGGAAGAGCGAACAGAAGCCCUCCGACAGAAGCACAAGGACCGCGACGAGGCGAACAAGGCCAAGAUGGAGGAGUUGCGCGCCGCCCAGAAGCAGCUACGCGAAGAGAGGACUGAGAAGGGCAGAGAGACAGAUCGAAGGAGAAUUCGCAUCGAGCAAACUGAGAAGAAGAUGGCGGACCUUAAAGAGACGAUCGAGAAAGAAGUUUACGACAUUCGCGAGCAGUACCAGAAGCUCGAGUCACAUAUCAAGCUGUACAUCACCGAGAUGGAGCAAAGCGUCUGA